UUCAAGCACUUCUGUGAUAAGCAAUAGUGUUCAAAUUCAUAAGGAAGACAGAGGGCAGGUCAAGUUGUUACCAUCAGGCAGUGGUCAGUCACGUCUUAAUCCUUUAAACUCACCACCAUGUGUUUCUCCACAGGAGCUGCUGGCCAUGAGGAUGGAGAUGACUGGACAGAUCAACGUGGAAGUGGACGCAGCACCACAGGAGGACCUGACAAGAGUCAUGUCUGAGAUCCUUGAGCAAUACGAGACCGUUAGUGCCAAGAACCAGCGUGACCUGGAGUCCUGGUUCCAGACCAAGACAGAGACGUUGAACCAGGAGGUGGCGUCGAGCACAGAGGUUCUCCAGACCUCCAAGUCAGAGAUUUCGGACAUCCGUCGUACACUGCAGGGCCUGGAAGCCGAACUGCAGUCACAGCUCAGCAUGGUGAGCCGUAAUUAUUUACACGGACCACCAUUUAGGGGCUCCUCGAAAUCCGGCCACAGCUCCUGCCUCAGCUCCUGUCUCACCUUUGGCCUCAGCUCCUCCAGCUCUGGCCUCAGCUCCAGCCUCAGCUCCUGCAGCUCCUCCAGCUCCACCACACGCAUGGUGGUGAUCGUCACAGAGGAAAUGGUGGAUGGCAAGGGGCAAGCAAUGGGUUAA